AUGCUCUCUAUAUCCACCCUGGAGAAAAACGUGAGGAAGGUGAGGGUGAGUUUUGCCAGCCUUUCUGCCGAGGUUGGUCGUGUUGAGAAUAUGUAUGAGGUUCUCAGCAAUGUGCACGCAGAGGAACUUGGAGGUCUUUACUGUGUCCAUGGAAGACAAAAAAGGUCAUAUUUGAUCAUAAAAUGGUUCUGUAUUUCAUUUUCUCUGUGUUUUGUGAAGGAUCUCGAAAAUAAAAUGAUUGUCUUUAUCAAACACGAGCUGGAGAUGUUUAAGAAACUUCUGAGGAAAGAAAACACCAGAUAUUAUGGAGAGGUGAGAGAUGAUCUGAGGAGCAUUAAAGAAGCAGCUCUUGAUAUGGCAUUGUACUUUCUGAAGUUGAUGGAACACAAUGAUCUCGCUGAUGCACUCCAAGAUGCGCUCAUAGAAGUGCAACAGCGUGCACUUAAAUCAAACUUGUGUAAGAAGUAUAAGCGUGUAUGGGAAGGAAUUGCAAAGCAGGGAGAGUCAAGCAUUCUGAGCAACAUCUACACAGAUCUGUACAUCACUGCAGGUGGAAGUGGACAAAUAAAAGAAGAACAUGAGGUGAGACAAAUUGAAAAGCAAAAAACUCGUGGAAAAAAUGGAGACCAUGAAAUUGAGCAAGAAGAACAAAUUGAAUGCAAGGACAUGUUCAAACCAUUACAUGAAGAAGAGAAACCUGUCCGAACUGUGGUGACACAGGGGGUCGCUGGCAUUGGAAAAUCCGUCUGUGUGCAGAAGUUUGUUCUAGACUGGGCUGAAGGGAAGGACUAUCAGGACAUUCAGUUUAUAUUUCCACUGCCUUUCAGAGAACUGAACCUGAUGGAGAAGGAAAUGCGCAGUUUAAGGGACCUCAUCUAUUCUUUCUUUCCAGAAGUAAAAGGAAUGAGAUUCACAAAGAGGUAUAAAGUCAUGCUCAUCUUUGAUGGCCUGGAUGAGUGUCGACUUCCUCUAUCAUUCCAUCAGAAUGAGAUGUGGACUGAUGCAUCAAUGCCAGCCUCACUGGACACUAUAAUGACAAGCCUUAUGAAAGGAAAUCUUCUUCCAUCUGCUCUCAUCUGGAUAACCACUCGACCAGCAGCAGCUGCUAAGAUCCCAGCUGAACAUGUGGACCGGGUGACAGAGGUGCGUGGCUUCAAUGAUGUACAAAAAGUGGAGUACUUCAGAAAGAACAUCAGAGAUGAGAAUCUGGCCAACAAAAUCAUUGAUCAUAUUAAAGGCUCAAAAAGCCUCUUCAUCAUGUGUCAUAUUCCAGUCUUCUGUUGGGUUACGGCGACUGUUCUUCAGGAGAUUUUGGAAGGAACAGACAAGGAAGACAUUCCACAGACUCUGACAGAGAUGUACACAUGUUUUCUUAUCUUUCAGACCAUACAGGGAGACAAUAAAUACAAUAGAAACAAUGCCGCAGACAUUCCGUGGGAUAAAGAGGGAAUUCUUUCACUGGGAAAGCUUGCCUUUAGUCACCUGGAAGGAAACCUGAUUUUCGAUGCAGAAGAUCUCAAAGCCUGUGGAAUUGACCUCAAUAACAUAAAGGUGUACUCAGGACUGUGCACUCAGGAGACUGGCAGAUUUGGACAGACGUUUUUCAGCUUUGUUCAUCUCAGCAUUCAGGAGUUCAUCGCUGCCUUGUUUACUUACCUAUUGCUCAGAAAUGAAAAGGAGAAUGUUUUUGAAAAACUUGAAGAGAGCAAGGAAACAGAACUUAUUGAAUUGCUCAGAAUUACAGUAGACAAGGCUUUGGAGAGUGAAAAUGGACACUUGGAUCUUUUCCUCCGCUUCCUUCUGGGCCUGUCAUUGGAGUCCAAUCAGAAGCUCAUUCAAGGUCUGCUGACACACACAGGAAGCAGCUCUGACUGUCAGAAAGACAUAAUUGACUACAUCAAGGGCAAAUUUAAUCAAAAUCCAUCUCCAGAGAGAUCACUCAAUCUGUUUUACUGUCUGAAUGAGUUAAAAGAUGAUUCACUCGUGAAAGAGAUCCAAAGUUACAUGAGCUCAGGACGUCUCUCUAAAGCUGAACUCUCACCUGCUCAGUGGUCUGCUCUGGUCUUUGUGUUGCUGACAUCAGAUGAGGAUCUGGAAGUGUUUGAGCUACAGAAAUUCAUAAGAUCAGAUGAAUGCUUUAAAAGACUGCUACCAGUUGUCCAGCAAGCCAAAACAGCUCGGCUCAGUGAUUGUAACCUGACAGAGAGAAGCUGCUCAGCUUUACACACAGUUCUCAGCUCUGAAUCCUCCAAACUGACUGAGGUGGAUCUGAGCAGUAACCAUCUGGAGGACUCAGGAGUGAAGCAGCUUUAUGUUGGACUGAAGAGUCCAAACUGUAAACUGGAGAAACUGGGACUGACUGAAUGUAAUCUGAUGAUGGAAAGCUGUAAAGCUCUGGCUGAAGUUCUCAGUUCACACCAUUUUCUAACUGAGUUGGACUUGAGUAAGAACGGCCUACAGAAUUCAGGUGUCCAGCAAUUAUCUGAAGGACUGAAGAACCAAAGCUGUAUUCUGAAGAUAUUAAGACUGACUGAAUGUAAUCUGAUGAUGGAAAGCUGUAAAGCUCUGGCUGAAGUUCUCAGUUCACACCUCUGUUUUCUAACUGAGUUGGACUUGAGUAAGAACGGCCUACAGAAUUCAGGUGUCCACCAAUUAUCUGAAGGACUGAAGAACCAAAGCUGUAUUCUGAAGAUAUUAAGACUGACUGAAUGUAAUCUGAUGAUGGAAAGCUGUAAAGCUCUGGCUGAAGUUCUCAGUUCACACCUCUGUUUUCUAACUGAGUUGGACUUGAGUAAGAACGGCCUACAGAAUUCAGGUGUCCAGCAAUUAUCUGAAGGACUGAAGAACCAAAGCUGUAUUCUGAAGAUAUUAAGACUUUCAGACUGCAGGAUAACAGAGGAAGGAUACGCUGCUCUGGCUGAAGCUCUGAAAUCAUCCCACCUGAUAGAGCUGGAUCUCAGAGGGAAUGACCCUGGAGCAUCAGGAGUGAAGCUGCUCACUGAUUUACUCCAGGAUCCAGACUGUAAACUAACAACACUGAGACUGUUGAAAAGUCCUGAAGCAGAAGAAGCCUGUGGUCGUCUGACUAAAGUUUUAGAGACAAACCCCUUAUUGCAGACGCAUCUGAACCUGAGGGGGAAAAUAAAAGGAGACUCCGAAGUGAAGCAGCUCUCUGCUCUACUGAAGGAUCCACACUGCAGAGCUGAGACACUCACGUGUACUGACUGA